CGGGUGCGGGGCGGCCGAAGGGUUCGGCGACGAGGAGGGUGGCAGACUCCGGGCCGUGCGGGAACCGGAGGACCACCCGGGCCUGCGCCGAGACCAUGGCAAAGGAAGAAGGACCAACUGUAGAACUGCGCCAAAGGAAAAAACCAAAGUCUUCAGAAAGUCAAAGAUCUGCCAAAGAAGAGAAAAUCAAUGACACUCCAAUUCCUGAAAGAACUCCAAAACAUAUAUUAUUUCAACGCUUUGCAAAGCUUUUCAUUGGCUGUCUUGCAGCAGUUACUAGUGGCAUGAUGUAUGCACUCUACCUGUCAGCAUAUCAUGAACGGAAAUUUUGGUUUUCCAACAGGCAGGAGCUUGAACGGGAAAUCACAUUUAAAGGUGACAGUGCUAUUUAUUACUCCUAUUAUAAAGAUAUGUUAAAGGCACCUUCAUUUGAAAGAGGUGUUUAUGAAUUGACACACAAUAACAAAACUGUCUCUCUGAAGACUAUAAAUGCAGUACAACAAAUGUCUCUAUAUCCAGAACUUAUUGCCAGUGUUUUAUAUCAAGCAACUGGUAGCAAUGAGGUUAUUGAGCCAGUGUAUUUUUAUAUUGGUAUUGUUUUUGGAUUACAAGGAAUAUAUGUUACUGCUUUAUUUGUUACAAGUUGGCUUAUGAGUGGAACAUGGCUAGCAGGAAUACUUACUGUUGCGUGGUUUAUUAUUAACAGGGUAGAUACAACAAGAAUUGAAUACUCCAUUCCUUUAAGAGAAAACUGGGCACUACCAUAUUUUGCAUGCCAAGUUGCUGCACUUACUGGCUAUUUAAAAAACAACUUAAAUACCUAUUCAGAGAGGUUUUGCUACUUGUUGAUGAGUGCUUCGACUUAUACCUUUAUGAUGAUGUGGGAAUAUAGUCACUAUCUCUUGUUUCUUCAAGCAAUAUCUCUGUUUCUUCUGGAUAUAAUUUCAGUGGAACAAAGUGACAAGGUUCAUGAAGUAUAUAAAAUCUAUAUAUUUUCUCUCUUUCUGGGAUAUUUACUACAGUUUGAGAAUCCUGCUUUACUUGUUUCUCCUUUAUUAAGUUUAGUAGCAGCCUUAAUGCUUACUAAGUGCCUUCAGCUGAAUGUAAAGAAGGGAACUUGUGUAGCAAAAAUGAUGAAAGUGAUUAAUUUUUACCUAGUGUGUACUCUGACAGUGACACUGAAUGUUAUAAUGAAGAUGUUUGUUACACACAAAGAAAAUGGACACAUGCUAAAAUUUCUGGAAGUAAAAUUUGGAUUAAAUAUGACUAAAAAUUUCACAAUGAAUUGGCUUCUGUGUCAAGAAUCUCUCCAGGCACCAUCUGAAGAUUUCUUUUUACGACUGACUCGUUCUUCUCUAUUACCAUUCUAUAUUUUAGUGUUAAUUAUUUGUCUUCUUUCUAUGAUACAAGUUUUCUUUAGGAGGAUUAAUGGCAUGUCUAUCAAAGAAACAGUUACUCUUGAAGAUGGGCGAAUUGGAGAAAGACCAGAAAUAAUUUAUCAUGUAAUCCACACUAUUUUAUUGGGUUCUCUUGCAAUGGUUAUAGAAGGCUUAAAAUAUAUUUGGACUCCUUAUGUGUGUAUGCUAGCAGCAUUUGGUGUAUGUUCCCCUGAACUUUGGAUGACAGUUUUCAAGUGGCUUCGGUUAAGAAGUAUACAUCCAGUAUUGUUGGCUCUUUUUCUGAGCAUGGUUGUACCUACUAUAAUUGGUCUCAAUUUAUGGAAAGAGUUUUUUCCCAGAUUAAUGACAGAAUUGACGGAACUACAGGAAUUCUAUGACCCAGAUACAGUGGAGCUUAUGACUUGGAUAAAAAGGCAAGCUCCAGUUGCAGCUGUGUUUGCAGGGAGUCCACAGUUAAUGGGUGCAAUUAAGUUGUGCACUGGAUGGAUGGUGACCAGCUUACCUCUUUACAAUGACGAUGAUCUUCUCAAGAGAAAUGAAAAUAUAUAUCAAAUCUAUUCCAAGCGAUCUGCUGAAGAUAUUUACAAAAUACUGACAUCCUACAAAGCUAACUACCUAAUCAUAGAAGACUCUAUCUGCAAUGAGAUGGGAACCAUGAGUGGUUGUAGAGUUAAAGAUUUAUUAGAUGUUGCAAAUGGCCAUGUAGUUUGUGAAGAAGGUGACAAGUUAACCUACUCAAAAUAUGGACGAUUUUGUCACGAGGUCAAAAUUAACUAUUCUCCAUACGUGAAUUAUUUCACUAGAGUAUACUGGAACAGGUCCUACUUUGUAUAUAAAAUCAACACUGUGAUCUCCUUCCAAUCUUGAAAAGUAAUGAGCCUUCAUUUCAAAAACUGAAGUUACUUGACUUAAAUGUGAUUUUCUUCUACCUAUGUGGUGUCUGUUGCAGAUCAGAGUUUGGACAUUCAAAAUGCUGCUGCUGCUUCUCUCUUGCUGUUAACCAUGUCCAAGGUUUUGAGGGAAACAGAAAAUCUAGAAUUAACUUUCUCUGGUAAAAUGUCAAUUCUACUCUGCAAUAUUCCAGACAGUUCCUUCCUUACUAUUACAUGGUCUUUAAGAUUUCUACAAUGUUUCUCUAUAAUUCAUUCUAUCAUAAUACUGAUCUUGAAUAUGUUCAAGUUCAAAAUCUAUUUCAUAUACAUAAUAUUUAAUACAUAUUUAAUGUUAUAAUAGAAGGAAAGAUCAUUUUUCAAGCAAGUUUCUGAAGGUACUUAAUGGCUUUAUAACAAUUAAAAUUCUACAAUAAACCAGUAAUUUAAACAUUAGUUGAAAACAUGACAUUUAAAUUAAAAUAGAAAUUAUAUAAAGGAA